AUCCAGAGAAUUCCAGCCUCGCCAAUGUAGGGAAGCCUGGCAGCCGGAGAGAAGCAAGGGGACGUUCAAUGGGAAGAAGCCGGCAGGGUCUGUAGCUUUCUCCCUGCCCACAGCAGUGAUUUAGGGGUAAAAUGAUUCCUCCGAGCAGCACGAUUGAAGUCGGCGUGGAUAGUGUGGAGAAAGAGAAUGAAGUGGAGAGCACAGAGCAGCCCCCGUCUCCAGCAUCAACCACCAGCCAGGAAUCAAAGCUGCAGAAACUGAAGCGCUCCCUUUCCUUCAAGACCAAAAGCUUGCGGAGUAAAAGCGCAGACAACUUCUUCCAGAGGACCAACAGUGAUGUGAAGCUGCAGGUAGACUUGAUGGCCGAGGUGAGCACGAGCACCGGGCAGCUCCCCAGCUCCGAGAGCCAGGCGUGCUCCCCAAGCAGAGCCCAGCAGCAAGAGAACAGCAAGGCUCAUGUCCUGCAGGAGCAUAUCUUCAAGAAGCCCACCUUCUGUGAUGUCUGCAACCAUAUGAUUGUCGGGACAACCGCUAAGCAUGGGCUGCGCUGCAAGGCUUGUAAGAUGAGCAUCCACCACAAGUGUGCGGACAGCAUUGGACAACAGCGCUGCAUGGGCAAGCUGCCAAAGGGAUUCCGACGGUACUACAGCUCACCACUACUCAUUCACGAACAGUUUGGCUGCAUCAAAGAAGUGAUGCCUAUUGCCUGCGGAAACAAGGUUGAUCCUGUGUAUGAGACUCUCCGCUUCGGGACCUCCUUAGCCCAGAAAACCAAAAAGGGCAGCUCUGGAAGUGGGUCUGAUUCUCCAAACAGGAAUUCCACAGCUGACCUGGCAGAAGUCCCUGAGGAAGGUGGUAGCUCUGCAGGCACCCUUGACAUCAGCAGGAAGCGCAGCAACAGUGUGUUUACAUACUCUGAAAACGGCACAGAACACUUUGGAGAAGAACCAAAAAGUAUACAUUCCCUGGGACCAUUUUAUAAAAGCACGUUACAAAUGAACACCUAUGUUGCCUUGUACAAAUUUGUACCACAAGAAAAUGAAGACUUGGAGAUGAGGCCAGGGGAUAUGAUCACUCUUCUGGAAGACUCCAAUGAAGACUGGUGGAAGGGGAAAAUCGAUGACAGAACUGGAUUUUUUCCUGCUAACUUUGUUCAAAGAGUGCAACACAAUGAGAAGAUUUACAGGUGUAUCCGGACAUUCAUUGGCUGCAAGGAACAGGGACAGAUAACUCUGAAAGAGAACCAGAUUUGUGUGACUUCUGAAAAGGAACACGAUGGCUUUAUCAAAGUAUACAGCGGGAAGAAGAAAGGCUUCGUCCCCAUAGACGUCUUAGAAAACAUCUGAUUCCAACAACCCACUUGCUGCAGUAGGAGCCCUUUGUUGGCAAUGCCUGUCUGCCUCAUCUCACACUGUGUCAACCCAGAUGGGCUGUCUUGCAGAUGUUCAGGGAAAUAGUGUGAAAACUGCAACUACGAGAAGAAAAAGACAUUUAGGCUGUCACAGCUACACUGAGAAAUAAGAAAAGUGGAUGUUUGAUGGAAAAUACAGUCAGAAAUCCAUAGGGAAAUGAGAGGUCCUGGGAUACUAACAAGAAUAAGGUAAGGAAAAGAAGAUCUGGGCUGAUUUCUGGUGCAAGAUGGCUGCUACAUCCCGAUGGAGACGAACACUUUGUUCUGAAGGACUAAACCUAUGUCCUGUUCUUGUGUCUUCGAAAACUGUUGGGCUGCUUUCUUGUUUGAAGUGUGUGUUUAGGGGGGAGGGGGGAAAACGCCUUUCAAACUGUCCUCGUACUACAGUCCAAUGCUUGUAGGAGGUGUGGCUGUGGUUCUACGGUUGUCCCAUUAUCAACCGAUCAGUUUAUAUACUGGUGUUUAGUCCCAUAAGAGCGCGGUUUGGAGCCACCGUGUGAACCAUGUCAGCUCGAGAAAUGCACUGUGCCCUGAAAGUUGGCAGCUUCCUCUUUCUGUGCAAUCUCCCCAUAGGAAAGAGUAGCGAACGUGUGUGUCCUUUGUUUUCUCUGUAUACGAACUAAAGCUCUCAGCUGGUUUGGGUGUGAUGGCUGCUCUCAUAGCUCACAACAGUAGCUGGUCCUGCGAUGCGCAGACCUGCUCAGAAGCAUCCCUCUGUGUUUCCUGCACCGUGAUCUGGUGAUGCAGAAACACUGGGAGAGAGCCACAGGCUUGAAAUGUUUUCUAUUUUUCUGUGUUUAUUGCACUUAAAAGAUUUUAUAUAUUAAUGCUAUUUAUAAGAAAUGUAAAACAAUGAACUCACCCUCGGAAGACUGAAGGUGCUAGGGAAGGACGGACUGCACAAGGGAGUGAAGUCUGUGAUAGUUUAAAUCCAGAGCUUGUGAUAGAAAGGCACUGUCUGAGUAUUGUGUUCACAUGCCAAAGGCAUCUUCUUUAUUUGCUGAACAGAAGUGUUGCAGAUUCAGCAAUAAAUACACUGUCAUGAAUUCCUCCUUGGUAUAAACCACCCUGAGCAUCCUAUAAACCUUUUCCAUCUGUUUUGUCCAUGUAAACCUCCAUCUUCAAACGUGUUUUGGGCGUAUGAACCUUUUGGUACCCAGGAAAUAGCCUGUGGAUCCUGACCAAACUGUACAAGUCAGCCAGUGCCAAUCCUGUUGUAGAGCAGGGGCCUUAUGAUGACUCAAGACAGGGAACCUAUUUUCCAAGUAUUUAAUUGGAUGUAAUUGCACCAAACACACUUAAACAGCUUACCAUGUAUUAUGACGUGGAGAUUAAGUCCUAUUCCAAAGCUGCCUCCUAAAUUCAUGCCUUAUUUGACCAGAUUGAGACUGAAUUUGAGUCUUUACUGAGAUUAACCCCAAAAUGAUGUCCUAAAUCCUGAUACCACAAGAAUAAAUUCACAUGCUGCCUGGUGAGUGUAGCCCUUUGCAAAGAUGACACUAUUUCUAAAACCAAUGUACUAUCCAUGUACUGAGGCAGUUUGAAUCUGCAUUGCACAACCCAUGUCUCAAUAGUUGCCCUAUUUGAGGAGCUGAUCUUACACAAAGCCUUAUGGAAUCUGGUGCAGAUCUACAUACGGACAGAAGUUCACAGAGCGGAUCCAUCUUCAACCUUUCAGAGACAUCUUUUGCAGCCCUUAUGUAUCACUUAAUGAAGAGGAGGAAGCUGAAGGGAUGGCAACGUGGUCCCUCAUAACAUAAGCUAUUAUAGUUGGUCUAUACCAAUUGAUGUCCUCCUGGCUGAUCAAAAGUAUCUGAUUUCAUAUCUUUUGUGGCAGUAUCAGCAAUUUAUAAACGUUAGGGUUUGGGUUGUUUUCAAUUCAAACAAUGAACAUUUGCUCAGCUCAUUGUCCUAAGUAAGUAACCCAUAAACUCAGUGCAAGGACAAAGGAUUCUGUUAAGCCUUAAAGAUGAAGAGGAAAAGCAGUGGAGCUGUAGUAAUCUGCUCUGCUUUAAAAGAUGGACUUUUUAAUAUUCACCCAUUCAAAAUGAAAACUCAAGGUUUGUUAGAAUGAGAAUAUUUGCUACUUUUGAUCAGGCCUGUCACAUGGACAGAGGAAAUCUGUGUUAAUCUCUACAUAUGUGCUGUUGUUUACACGAUUGCAUCAUACUGUGAUUCCCUCCUCUUUCAGUCUUCUAUGAUUUCAAUUUAUCCCUACAAUGUGCAUUGUACUAUUGAGAGAAUUAUAUGAUUACCUACAACUCACAAUGGCCUUUAAUCAAUGUCAGUUUGAUUCCUUUUGAUACUGAGCAAUAAAUAAUAAAGUGACUGAGUAAAAACAAACAGACCUUAUGUGGACUGUAUUACAUCUGAGAAAGCAUCGCUUCUGAACCAAAGCUUUCCUGGUUAUCUGUGUGGGGUUUGUCUUUUUACUGGGCUAUUGCUGCCAUUUGAUAUGUAGAAUGCCUAAUUUAGCAAGAAGCACAUACAUGAGUCUUACUUUAAGCAUGUGAUUCAUUGGCUAUUUGCAUGCUUAAAGCUAAAGCACUUUGCUGAAUUAAGGUAAUUUUCCUUGAGUUUAUUUUGGAUGCCUUACUCUGAAUUCGGAUGAGUAUCCCGUCAUUUUUUCCUACCACAUGCAGUUCACCAUAGGUACUGCAUUAGCAAGCAGUUAAAGUCAGACGGAAAAUGGACUUUAUCUGAGAUGUGCUCAGAAAAAUUGAAUUUUAGGUGAUAAAUGCUGUUCAGAUUUAAUUUAUUAUUCUGCUUAAUAAAAACUAUGUGAUGGUUGGAAGGAGAA